AUGGCACUUUUGAGACAAGUUGGAGUGCCUCAAUCCACAUUCUCUUUCUUGAUAACUAAUUUUCCUUCUACGGCGUUUGCUAAGCAUACUAGGUUUGCUGAAGCUAUCCACGAGGUGAAGGAAAUGGGAUAUGAUCCCUCCAAAACGGUUUUCGUCAAUGCAAUCCAUGUGUUAUUGAGUAUGAGUAGACCAAAGUUGGAAUCGAAGUUGGAGCUUUAUAAGAGAUGGGGUUGGUCAAAAGACGUUGCUCUCUUAGCCUUUAAAAGGCAUCCAAAUUGUAUGCUUUUAUCACAUGAGAAGAUCACAAAAGCAAUGGACUUCCUUGUGAACAAAAUGGGUUGUUCAUCCACAGACAUUGCUAGAAAUCCUAAAGUUAUAUGUUUCAGCUUGGAGAAGAGGAUUAUGCCUAGAUGUUCAGUUGUUCAGAUUUUGAUAGCCAAGGGUUUGGUUAAGAAUAAUUUGUCCCCGUCGACUUUCAUAGGACCUUGUGAGAGCAACUUCCUGGAUAGGUUUGUGAUCAAAUUUCAAGAUGGUGUUCCUGAACUGCAGAAUGUGUAUAAAGGAAAAGACGGAUCUUUUGGAUGUUAG